CGUGACCGAAAUGCCCCCGCCACCCCAUUGCUUCUUCCGAGGCGCUAUCGCCGCUCCGCUUCCGCUCCCAUCCAUCUAACUGACGAACACGCAAACAUGAGUACAAAUUGGAAAACAGUCUACUGUUCGGGAGGGAGGAGAGAAGGAAGAAGCCGCUCCGCCAACGAGCAGUUCCUCACACUUCCGGGAGAAGAGCCAUCUCGGGCGACGUCUUCUGAGGUUUGUGACGCUUCUCUCCUAGGCGAGGAUCGAUGUGCAGUUAUGGCGGUGGCGACGUCGAUGACUGGUAUGAUGAUUCUGAUACGGAUGACCACGCCGAAGACACGGGCGAUGAUAGGCACCAUGAGCAAGGAGCAAGGAACUCCGAUUUAGACCUGGAUGAUGAAGAUCGGACCUUUUUGAGUCAGUUUCCAGAUACUUGGGGGGCAGCGCCCACAAGAAAAGAAAAAGACAUCCAAGGAAUACAAUGGAAGAGGCUGGAUAUCACACGGGAACAGUACAGACAGACCAGGUUGCAGCAGUACAAAAACUAUGAGAGCAUUCCUAAUUCUGGAGAAGAAGCAGCCGAGGAAUGCAAACAGACUGAGAAAGACGGAAUGUAUUACGAAUUCAGAAAAAAUACUAGAUCUGUAAAAUCAACUAUACUACAUUUCCAGCUGAGAAAUUUAGUAUGGGCCACAUCCAAGCAUGAUGUCUACCUGAUGUAUCAUUACUCAGUCCUUCACUGGUCUGCAUUGAGUGGUGUGGAUACUGAACUUAUGAACGUCCGUGGUCAUGUGGCACCAAAGGAGAAGCACCCAGGAAGUCUAUUAGAGGGGUUUUCUCAGACUAAGGUUAGUACCAUGGCAGUGAAGGACAAUUUGCUGGUAGCUGGUGGAUUUCAAGGGGAGCUAAUCUGCAAGCACCUUGAUCGAGAGGGGAUAAGCUUUUGUUGUCGAACAUCACAUGAUGAUAAUGCUAUGACUAAUGCAAUUGAGAUAUUCAAUACUUCUAGUGGCGCUGUUCAUUUCAUGGCAUCGAGUAAUGACAACGGUGUAAGAGACUAUGACAUGGAGAGAUUCCAGUUGUGCAAUCACUUUCAGUUUGAUUGUCCAGUGAAUCAUACAUCGCUGAGUCCCGACAGAAAGCUUGUUCUCGCCGUGGGGGACCAUCCUGAUGGUUUACUUGUUGAUGCGAAUUCAGGAGAGACGCUUCAUUCCAUGAAAGGCCAUCACGACUACUCUUUCGCAUCGGCCUGGAGCCCUGAUGGACGAACAUUCGCUACCGGGAACCAAGACAAGACAUGCCGAGUCUGGGACGUUAGAAACCUGUCGAAAGCCGUCCAUGUACUGAAGGGCAACCUUGGGGCCAUUAGGUCGAUCCGCUUCACUUCUGACGGGCAGUUCCUGGCGAUGGCGGAACAUGCGGACUUCGUCCAGAUCUUCGACGCCCGGAGCGACUACACCAAAAGGCAAGAGCUGGACUUCUUUGGCGAGAUAUCUGGGAUCUCCUUCAGCCCGGAUAUGGACGCUCUUUUCGUCGGUGUGUGGGAUAGAACAUAUGGCAGCCUCCUCCAGUAUGGUCGUUUACAUAAUAACAACUAGUGCGUGAACCAUAUGGUGCUGUUCCCCCGCAUGUAUUUCCCAGAAGUCUUGAACACAACUUGUCUGUGUGUGACUCAUUUCUCAGCUGUAUAUAAAUAAAUAUGCAUGUGUGCUUCA